AUGCUGGGAUGGCCUAUAGACUUUGGGGCGUACUUUAUUUGCCGUACUCUCCACACUUUGGGUAUAUGGCAGGUGACGAUUCUGGGUAGCAAGCCCAAGUGGCGGUUGAACCAGGAGGAGUGGAGUCAAUGGAAGCCUGCGCACACGCGUGUUGAUCCUGAGGACGGAGUUCUGGAGGUGUCGCUACCUAGCGACAAGGAGGGCGGACUGACUGCCGUGGGGGGAAGCAUGGUGGUGUCUAACCACAUGAGCAAUAUCGACGGCUUUCUGCUCAAGGCCUGUUUCCAGCCCAUGACCACGAAGGCUUUAAUCAAGUCCGGUGUCAUUAAGGCCCCCUUCGUCGGUCAGUUGCUCUGGCUCUCGGGCCAGUGCUUCGUCUGGGGCAACCGACGAGGAUCCGGCGUUAAAGACAAGGAUAAAACAUAUUCCUCUUGUGCCGAAGCCAUCUGCAACAAUGUACCCGUCAUCUGUUUCCCGGAAGGCACACGACGGAUGUUCGGUCGUAUGAAUCCAUUUAAACUCGGAAUGAUAGGAGCCGCCAUUGACUACGAAUGGCCCAUACACGUCUCUAUCAUACACGGCAGCCACCGGGCCUGGCCGCCUAGAGAGCUCCUUGUUAACCGACACCCGAUAUACGUUAAAUUCGCUGACUAUGUGAUCAUACCCAGAAGAGGCCUCGACACCGCCGACUCUAUGGCUAACGCCAUACGGCGAAGAAUGCUCCGUCUGAUGCUUGACGUUCCCGGACACGACCCCGUGGUAACCCAGCCAACACUAAUUCUCUUACCCCUCAGUCCCUAG